CUGAUCCAUUUGUUAUUGUUUGUUGCCGUGUUCCGCGUGGCGUGUGCCAUGCCGCCGUGCCAUGCCCGUCCCUCACCGUGACUUGGGGCCGAUCCUGCAAAAGCAUGGCUUCGGUGAGAUCAAGAAGAUCGGAGAAGGCUCCUUCGGAAAGGCAUUGCUGGUGCAGCAGGAGGAUGGCACAAAGUUGGUCUGCAAAGCAGUGGACGUUAGCGCUGCCUCUUCAAAGGAGACUCAGGAUGCCAUCAAGGAAAGCAGGCUUCUGGCUGGCGGAGAUCUCUCCAAAGUCAUCGAGUCUGCCAAGAGGAGAUCGCAGCGGCUGCCCGAAGAGCAAGUUUUGCGCUGGGUCACUCAAGCUUUGUUGGCGCUGAAGUAUAUUCAUGAAAGACAUGUGUUGCAUCGAGAUCUAAAGUCGGGGAAUUUCUUUAUUUGCCGCAGCGGCAAUUUGAAGAUGGGCGACUUUGGAAUUGCCAAGGUGCUGUCCAACACCCUUGCCUGUGCAAGGACCCAGAUUGGCACACCUUACUACUUGAGUCCAGAGGUUUGUCAGGAGAAGCCCUACGCCUGGCCUUCCGACAUUUGGGCCAUGGGCUGCAUUUUAUAUGAGCUUUGUGCGCUGAAGGUGCCCUUUGACGCGCCAAAUAUCUCGACUUUGGUCCAAAGGAUUUGCCGUGGGCCUACGCCCACCCUGCCAUCUUCAUAUUCCGACUUCCUGCGGCAACUCUGCACAGAAAUGUUGCACAGGAACCAGACACAGCGACCCAGUGCAGAGGCCAUCCUGCAAAGACCUCCCAUGCAGGCGAUGGUCAAAUUCAUGCUGGAGGAGGCGCAGGCUGCACAGGAAGGCCGUAUGAGCAGCGGUUCGCAGAAAAUGCAUGAACUGCCACCGCCACCUCCGCCUGUGGCUCCAUCUGUCACUGGUCCCUACGCAGAGUUUGCUGGCUCUUAUCGGAAGGGUGAUCUCAUCGAGUAUCACUCAAGCACCCACAAAGAAUGGCUCCCAGCUCAGAUCAUCGAUGCUGACCAAGACGGACGCAUCGUGAUUGACUUGAAGCCUGGAACGUGGAUUGCCCGCGCUACACAAGCGUUGCAAGUGAGGCCCAGAAGGAGCUCGCCUCCCCCGCCUCCGCCCGUGGCACCGCCCAUGCGACAGAAAAGCCCCAUGCGCCAAAUGAGCCCACGCCGCCAGCGAAGUCCGUCUGUGGGUCGUGCACGGGACUUUGGCCUUCCAAUGCGGGAGGCGUCGCCGUGGCACAGGGCUGGUAGCCGCGAGGUCUCCCCGCGAAGGCAACGAGAGCCGUCGCCCAGCAUCGGCAGUCCUUACUUGGAGCAAGCACCUCCGUUUGGCAGGCCAAGCCGUGCUGUGAACGCUGCAGGAGCUGCGAUUGCGGGCCUCUGAUCUCUAGUGACUCUGGUGUCUAGGGGCUUUUUGGCUUGCGAUCGUUGCCUCACACAGAAACCGACACACGAUGUCCGG